AUGUGCGCUAAUUACUCACCGGAUGACCAUGAUGUCAAACUUGAUGGGCUGAAUGACAAACCGUUUCUAAAAAACCAUUAAGGUAAACACUUAACAUGUUGAAGCUUAUCUUUGAACAAGUCUUUGAACUGCACUGCUAUAUGUAUGUUUAUUUUAUUAAUUGCAGGUCAACAGGAAAUUCUAUUGGCCCCUAAGUGGUCUUAAAAAAGGGGCCAUUUGCCCGCAGCAAAGGGAAAAAACCAAGCAAUUCAAGAAUUACUAAAGAUCCCUUGCCUCCACUUCCAACACCACCUCAACAAUCAAUAUCGUCGAAUCCACCUACUACACCAACAACUCCUCCUCAAGAAUUGAUGUCUUCUGAUCAACCUACUACACUGACACCACCAAAUGCAAGUGAAUCACCAACUCUUUCGAUAUCGAUACCACCUACCUUAAAUCCGUCUGCUCCAAAUGUACACACACAAGCUAAAUCAAGAAGAAAACACAAGGGUUAUGCGUAUGUUUUAGAAGCCACAGAUCAAGAAACAGAGAAAAACAAUACACUUGCACUAGAAGCUGAUGAUGGGUCUCGACCUAAGAGGAACAGAAAGGAAAAGCAUGUUAUGGACAUAUAA